AUGGAUGCGGACUUGGCGGUGUCCAUGUCGGUGCUCGUGCUGAUCGUGUUGCUGAGCCACGUGACCCUCUGGUUGCUGCUCCGGACCGCCGCUGUCGCGGACACCGGCUACGCGGUGGAGCUCGCGUGCACCUUCCAGCUGUGCUGCUGCUCGCACGAGCUAAGGCUGCUUUCCGAGGUGGGAGGGAUCCACCCUCACCUCGCGCGCACUUUGACGUACCUGGCGUCAGUGGUCCAUGGGCUCACUUUCAGGGGGGGCAUCGGUAACCCCUGCGGCUUGAUCGAGCGCGUGUACCACGCGAGACUCUCAGGUGGCUGCGCACUGCGGCGGAUUGCGUGCCAGUUCGCCGCUGCCAUCCUGGCACGUGCGGUCUUACCGGUGGUGUGGUGUCUGGGGCUGUCGGGACUGCACGUGCGACAGAAGAUGCUCGGUUUCCGGUGCAUCAGCCAAGUGCACACCACCCUGCUGGAGGCCACCGCGGCGGAGCUCGCGUGCGCUUUUGCGGUUCAGACUGUGGUCACGCACACGCAGGCUUUGCAGGAGAAAUACCGCGUGCACGCUGUAGCGGCCAUCAUCACCACGGUGGCUGCCGCAGGUGGCAGCGUGACAGGAGCCGUGUCCAACCCCGCCUUGGCCUUCUCCACCCAGUUCCUCUGCAGUGGAACCUCCUUUCUGGAGAACUGUGUGGUGUUCUGGCUCGGCCCGGUUCUGGGUACGCUGGCCUCGGUGCUGCUGUCUGAUCAACUCAGCCAGGUGUUCUCACCUGCAGCACAGUCUCUUUACCUGCCACUGCAACCCAAGAAGAGGACGUGAGCGUGGCGUUCCACCCAGAGCCAUCAGCUGCUCCAACAGGCUGUUGAUGACAUCAUCAUGGGGAUUUUCCAGCUGCAGCACAAACAGUCCAUCGAACUCUGAUCUACGUCUGUCUGGAUCCUGUAGGA